UAGAUGAUAAUAAAACCCUAGCCCCCAACAACCUUUAUUUCGAGUUUAGGGUUUCUUUGCUCACUGCAAUCUAGCAGAGGUAAGUAAUCAAAAGAAGCAGCCGGGCUCGAGAAUCUGUAACCAUGGGUCGUAUGCACAGCCGAGGUAAGGGUAUUUCAGCAUCCGCUUUGCCUUACAAGAGAACUCCGCCUAGUUGGUUGAAGAUCUCUUCUCAAGAUGUUGAGGAGAACAUUUGCAAGUUUGCAAAGAAGGGUUUGACCCCAUCACAAAUCGGUGUCAUCCUCCGUGAUUCUCAUGGUAUUGCACAGGUGAAGAGUGUCACCGGCAGCAAGAUUUUGCGUAUACUGAAAGCCCAUGGCCUUGCUCCGGAAAUUCCUGAGGAUCUCUACCACCUGAUUAAGAAAGCUGUUGCUAUCAGAAAGCAUCUUGAACGGAACAGGAAAGACAAGGAUUCCAAAUUUAGGUUGAUCCUGGUCGAGAGCAGAAUUCACCGUCUUGCCCGAUAUUACAAGAAGACAAAGAAGCUUCCACCAGUGUGGAAAUAUGAAUCUACCACCGCCAGCACUCUUGUGGCUUAGACCCGACAGUUCAAGUCUUCUAGGGCCAAUUGACAUUCUCCUGAAUAUGCAGGGUUAAACUUUUGGUAUUAAUGCUUUUUAAAGAACUAGUUCAUUUAUGUCUGAAAUUGAGAUACUUGGGAAGGAAAUAUUAUGUUUAGUGUGUCAGAAUUAUCUAUCUUAUAUUUUUCAUUUAAUUUGAAACGUUUUUUUAUUU